AUGGCCGCUACAUCGGAAACAGCAGAAGACCGGUCCAGCCCGGAACCCGAGACUAUCGAGGAGGAUGAACAGGAGUCACCAUCUCCCGCGAAAGCCAAAGGCAGGGGAAGACCCAAGAAGGAGAAGGCCCCCAAGGCGCCCAAGCAGCCCAAGGUAAAGGUUCCGCGCGGUCCUGGUCGUCCAAAGGGUAAAUCCAAGCCGGUCGGCCGUGACAAUCCUCCGAUCGCCGAUAUGAUCAUAGAAGCGAUGGAGACGCUCGAAGACCGUAAGGGAAUCACACUGCAAGCCAUCAAGCGAUUCAUGGAUGAAGCCUACGGGGUGGACCCCCAGCGACUGAGUGUCCGAAUCAAGAAGGCAAUUCUGGCCAAAGUGGAUUCAGGAGAUAUCAUCCGAGUUCAAGCGAAUGGUGGCCAAGGACGCUUCAGACUGAAACCCUUCAAAGUGGCUGUGGUCACCAAGCGUGCCGCACCGGAGAAUUACGUCCAGCUGCCGUACGGAAAGUCUUCGCCGGCUAAACCGGCCGGUAAGAUUGGGAAGUUCAAGAAGGCUAUCGCGGAUGCGAAACCGGCGGAUGACGCUUCCGGUACACCAACGAAGGGCAAGCGCGGAAGGCCGAAGAAAACGUAA